UUGUUUUUAGGGUCAUUCUGGCAUGAGCUGUCUGGCAGUUCAUUAGGGGAUGUUCUCUUCAGGGUUGUACGGAACAGCUCGCCACUCGCCUUGCCAUUCGCCGUCGUCGUAAAGUUCCCGUCAUUGAUCACGUUUCAUGCGCGCAUGUAUCCGGCAUCGGUGUACUCGCAGUUCGAGUCACGCAAUUUUUUGCUACGAGAAUUCGGCUCAGAUCCACGGUUGAUGCCUGCGGCCGCUGCUGCUGCGGCAGCCCGAUUCAGCUUCAUGAAUCCGCCUGUGGUCGGCGGCGCCGGGGUACAUUUGUCCUCAACCCUUACGCCGUUCCAUUCGUUGGGCCAUGUAACGGCAGCGGCAGCAGCCAAUGGUACGAAUACGUCAUUGAUCAACGCCGCCUACUUUUACUCGCACCUAUCGGCGCCGUCCGGUUACGAUGGAAGAGGGCCGGCCGUCAUCCCUUACUUCGAUGACAGAUAUUCAGGAUCAUACUUUCCGGCCGAUUCUUCCGCGUUCGUUCCUCCUCCUCCCCAUCGUCAGUUCAACGUCCUUCAGCCGUUGUCCUCGUCAUCGUUGGACUACUCGGAUGUAGUUGUCGGUGGUUCCCGUGGUGGACAUUGUGGCAGUGUCGUUGCUGUAGCCGCUACGACCGAUGCCGCCGGUAGGAAACAAGAGCAUAAGAUGGACGUGGUAUUGGAAAUAGACGGUGAGAGAGAACGCGAUGCGCGGAUGUUGUCAUUUUCCGGCGUUGACUCUGUCAAAAACAGAACAAUCAGUGUCGGUCACGGUAAAGGGGAUAGCAGUCCCGAGUAUGUUUCGUCGAUCAACUGUGAAGGUAAUGAAACGUCGGCGACAAAAUCAGACCCAAACGAUGAUGAUCCUCUCGAAGUGGACAUCGCAGACAAGAACGUGGACCCCAGUGACGACGUUGUGCAUGCAACUUCGUCCUGCGCGUCGCUGACCUCAUUCGCGAACUGCUUCGUUAAAGGAACAUCAGUACUUCUAGCCAAUGGUAAAGUAAAGCACGUCGAAGACCUUGUAGCCGAAGAUUUCAUGAAAAGUGGCUUCGCUAGCCAACAGCUCUGCGUAAAAAAUUGUAGCCUCUUGAAAAUCACUCAGCGAACCCAAGGACGGGUGUUGCUUCAUCUUUUGAUCGACGGUUUGAGUAGCCAGGUAAUAUUUGCCACAUUUUAUUGA